UGUCUUGAUUAGGAUGGCAGGGGCGAGCCUGGAACUGGAGUACUGCCUCGCGCAAGAGGCCGACUUCGAGGAGGUGAUGGCCAUCUCCACCGACAUCUAUGGCGGCCUGGACUACCUGCCUGCUCGCUACCACACCUGGCUGUUAGAGGCCACGCGCAAGGUGUUCCUGGCCAAGAAGGAAGGUCGGGUGGUGGCGCUGGUCUCCGUGAGCGUGGUGGAUGACGGGCGCACGGCCGUGGUGGAGGGUUUGAGGGUGGCGCCCGCAGAGAGGGGCCGCGGGAUUGCCGGCCUGGUCCAGAGGCACGCGCUGGCCGCGAUGAAGAGCAGCUUCCCGUGUCUCGAAGUCCAGCGCUCUUCCCGCUCCGGCCCGCUCGGACCCGAGGUCUUGGCCAAAUACCGGAUGAUUUGCCAUCAGGGAGUGUUGGUUCUCCAUUUCUUGGCCGCGGAGCUGAGGCCAAAGUUAUCGGCCGCCAUUGACCGCCUGAAGGGGUGGGAAGACCCCGUUCGUCUGGAGAUCAGGGAGGUCAAGGAAGUCUUCCUCGACCCCAAGGUGGUGGAGAAGGUGCUGCCUGGCGGGACCAUCACCUGGGACUGGAGCCCUUACCAGCCGUUGCAGAGCAACCUGGAGAUGCUGGUGACCAGAGGCAUCUGUUGGAUGGCAGAUAGCAGGGACAAUCCCAGUGUCCUAAGCCUCUCGGCUGCCCCUUACAAGGUCCCGGCUGGAGUUGGCCACCUCCGUCUCAACAUCGACAUCUUCGGACGGGACUACCCGCUUGUCCGGGGGCAGUUCCUUGCUCAGCUGCGCAGAGGUCUGGAGCCCCUCCAAGGCCCCAUCCACUGCCUGGUAUACAUGGACCCCUCUCUCUGGCCCGAACUGCGCGCCUUCUGCAAGGGCGAACUGGGCCUCCAGAACGGGCACCUCAUCGACGGGCAAAAGCUUCUGGAAGCGGAGAUUUAGAUCGCCCCCGGACCUGAAAAACAGUCUAUCCAGAAGUGUCUAAGAUCCCCCCUCAAUCUUCUAAAUUCUAGAACAAUCUUCCUGCAUCUAGCCUGUCCAAACCCUUAAG